AUGGCUGUGUCUGCACACGUCGAAGGGCAGAUUUUGCCCGCAGUUCCUCUCCCUGCCCUGGCUCAUAGACACUCAUCUGCUCCUUUGCCUUCAUCUGAGAUGAUCCAUUCUUCUCCUUCAGCAGACCUGACUCGGUCAGCAAGUUACACGUACCUUCCGACGUUGGAAAAAGAGACGUCCAACCCUCCGAUCAAACGGACAUUCUCCGAAAAUGUCCUCUCACUUCUCCCCGAGUCCAAAACCAAAGUGAACGACAGCGUCCACAUGGCCAACAUGGAACUCUUCCGCCGGGCCUCGAGGAAAGCAAAGAGGAAGAUGUCGAGCGCGAAGUUCUCUAUGUCGGGCGAUGAAGAAGAGACCCUGGCACGGGAGAUGGGAAAGGUGGGCGUCGGCAAAGAUGAGCAACCCAAAAGUUUGAGCCGGUCAGUAGCAGGCACGCUCCGCACUUUCGCUCGGAAAUCGUGGGCGGCUCCCUCGCCAUCGAGACCCUCAUCCCCUGUCCGCAGGGACGACAGCGCUUUACCAGAACGGAAGAGGAGUUGGUCACCGAGCAAGAAUAAAACCACUUCCGUGGUCAGUUCGAUCGGAGUUCCGGAACCGGUUGCCGCGCGAUCCCCUUCCCCAUCGCACCGGAAGACUCGAGACAAGAAUCCGACCGCUAUCCAGAGGCCUCUGAGUGUUCUCUAUGUCAAGAACAAGAGCGAACUCAGCCUGAGACGGCUGUCGAGAAACUCGUCGUCAACCUCUCUCAAGAGUUCAGCUUCGAACGAGAGGUUACAGUCAAAAAUCUCAUCAGGGAGAGUCCCGCCGCUCCCGACGACUCUUUCCUCGGAUCGCCUCGCCGCUAUCGGGGCCGAAGUGACGAGGAGAAAAGAUCCGCUGUGGACGGCCUUCCGCGGGCUCGACGGCGAAUUCGUCAGUUUUCAGACCAGACCCAGUCUGCAGAAGGCCAAGGUGCUUCGACUCACUCUCAUGCCGUUUCUUGUCAAAUAUGCCCAACAUCCUUCGAACCACACGCUUCGAGCGGAAGAUCUGGAUCGCCGUGUCAACAUUCUCAAUAAGUGGUGGACGGCGUUGCUCGAGAUGCUCCACGGGUCAAAUAACCAGACCAUCACGGGCACGGAUAGACCGUCGUUCCUCGAAUCCGCCAGUAUGAUCAUGUUACGGCCCGAAUGGAGAGCGCCGGGCUUUGCAACCACGGGGGACACCCCCCGCCGCAGCUCGAUUCCCAAGUCGAAGUCGACCAACUCGCUCGAGUCCGACGGGGCGGAUUUCUUGAUCGACACCAUUCAUCAGAACGUGCGAAAUAUCUUUGUUCAGAAUCUGCUGUCUCAGAUGGCAUUUGUGAUUGAUAAGUUGUCCUUGCGGGCGGCUCCCGCCAGCUUGGUGGCAUUUGCCGGCAAGACUUGUGCAUUCGCCUUUUUCUUCUGUCCGGGCGUGGCCGACAUGCUCACACGAUUGUGGCGCCUGAGCCCGGGCACAUUGAGGCGGGUGUUUAAUGAGCUGGGGGUCGAGCAAGGGGACAAGUUGGAUCUCAUCUCACAAGCGCUGGCCAACCACUUCCCACCACCAGUACGGAGCUUGUGUGUCGGCUCUCAAGCAGGAUUGUCCCGUCACCUCCAACAACGCAGUGCGAUUCCCCCUGGGUCAGAGAGUGUCCGAUGGAGUGGUCCGUGGGUGGGUCGAUGGUCGGGACGGGAUAGUGACCUCUUCUUUUCAUUCACGAAGCACUACCACAUUUUGGUCUCCGAAUUCCUCCCCGAAGAUAUAUCAUUGAGAGCCCGCGCUGGAAUUCCCGGCCUGGUCCCCCUUUGUGCCCAGUCGUUGGUGGUUCUAGAGACGACCAUUUAUCGACAAGGGAACCAGAACGCGGACCCCUAUCCUUCGGGGACGGGCUACAACAUGGACAAUCCAGAUGCUUUAGCAUCCCUGCCCAUGGUCAUGGCCAAUGCGUCUCGGUCCAUUGCCGAAAACCGAUUGAUCAUACUUCUGCGAGAUGUCUUGGGCGACAUCGAUCCCGAUCGAGCCCUGUUCCGGAACUUGUUCGUCGGCUCCUUCGACAGCGUCACCAAGGCGGCCACGCGCAAGAUCUCUUUAUACAAUAACGAUGCUUGUUAUGUGAUUUGCGAUUUCAUGGAGGAAGUUCUCCCGAUCAUGGUGCGAUACCACCAGAACGACAACGAUACCCCCAUUCUCGAUUGGCCAUUUUGGCUCGAGGUCUGCAAGCGCAUGAUGCAGAGCCAAAGCGUUUUGACGCAGAUACGGUUGAUCGCAUUCGUGUACAGUACAUGGUCGAUCUUAAUUUUUAAUGAGGAAAGAAAACGACAGCUGGUUUUGGAAUGGUUAUUGGAUCCCGGCGUUUUCGAACAGCACUUUUGCCAUUGGUCGCCCAUGGUUCGUCACUACUUCUACCGGUUGUUGUGUUGGAGAAUUGCGAGAUACGAUGGCCAAGUGUCGGACUUGGACGUGGAAAUUCUGCGGACAUUGGCCACCCGGUUGAACAAGUGCUGGGCGAAUUAUCAGUACCUGAGUGCAGAGGCAGAAAUGCGAGGCCUUGUCCCACCACCGUCCGCACCGUGUUCCCCGGCGCCGAGCCGCGUUCUUAUCAUCAUCCGAACGGACAGCCAACCGGUCUUCACCAACCCCGCGACCACGUAUGACAAAUAUCCUGCCGCGGCCGUCGUCACCCAAAGUUCACCUUAUCAAAAUCAUUCGUCCGUUCUCAACACCAUUCCGUCGGCGGAUUCGCCCACGCCCGGGACGAAGAAACGAUGGAGCUUGUUCCGCGGCUUGAACGUGUUUGGAUCCAGCCCAGGAAAUAAUCGACCCGGCGAAGUGACGCCACCGGGAAGUCCCGAAGAGAAUGGGGUGGUCACGGCCAGCGACCAUAGUCCGGGACCCAACAGUGCGAUCACGGCAAACAAACCUUCGUAUCGUCCGGCCACCCCUCCACAUCAAGCCUUUUCAUUCAAAUUCUCGCUCGAAUGGUAUCAAAAGGCCCCGACGUGGGAAAAUAAGAACCGAGUCUUGACGGCACCGCAACUCCCGCCCAACGCUCAAAGUAUACUGCGGGCACGACUGAGCAGCGAGAGCACCAGCACGGGGAGCAGUGUCAGUGGCGAUGCCAAAGGAAAGGCGAGGGCCAAGGAAGUCACGCCGUUGAAACCCCAGCCCCACGAGAUGGGUACGGCGCGGUACAGUGGACGAGCGUUGGCGGAGUGGGCUCAAGUCCUCAAUGAGUGUCGCAGUUUCUACAUGAGACGUAAGCAAGAGGGUGUUCCACGAGACCACCUCGUCGAGACCCCCACCAUGGCAGUGGAGGCCUUUCGUUUGAUGAGUUGA